AUGACUUAAAAUAAAUAAUAUAUAAGCAUCUAAUUUAACUAGUAAGUAAAAAUAUUCACAAUUUAACCCCUAUCAAAAACUUUAAUUUUUGAAUUAUAAGAUAUAAAUAAGAAGAACUGGAAUAGCAGCUUAUAUAUAGUUUAGGAUUUUGGAUCAUAUUUAAGUUUUGGAGAAUAUAUUUUAGAGAUAGAAGUUUAAUAAUUACUAAAAUUUAGACCACUCUUGAAAAUUUUAGUAAGUCAGAAGGUUGCUAAUAUAGAUAAUGCUAUUUUGGAUGUAUUUGAAAAAUAAAUAACAUUGUAAUAUCCAAAUUAUCUUGACGAAACACAGAAGGAUUAUUCUUAAAGCUUGAAACGUCUUAACAAAUAUUUGAUUUAUAGUUUAUCAGGAAUUAUUAUUAUCAGUCUUUUAUUAGGAAGUGGGGAUUUAUUUGUAGAGAUUUUGGCAAUCCUAUAAUUUUAGCAAUACUUAAGAUAUAUCAAUUUAUAAUUUCCUGAAAAUCUAGAUAUUUAUUUUUCCAUAAAUGACUUAUUAACUGUUCAACCUCUAUUAGAUUUUAUGCAUUUUCCACAAUUGUUACAGUUUAUAAAUAUUGAGUCAGAUUAGGAUUAUUCUGUUGGGAAAUUUAAUGUUUACAAAUAAAACUCAAGCUUGAUCAUCAACAUUUAAUGCCAAAUCUUUUAAAGCUUAAUAUUGUUAUUGCUAAUUUUUUUGUUUAGAUGGGUUAAAAGGGUGUUGUAUAGUUCGAUUUUUUGUUCUAGGUACUUUUACGAUAUGUCAUCAUUAUCAUUAUAUAUAAAUCAAAAAGUUAUUUUGAAAAUUAGUUAAUAUUUUUAUAAAAUUUGCUUAGACUUACUUAAAUUGGAGAAAUUUAUGUCUUUUGAAGGAUUGUAAAAAGCUUUAGUCCUCAAUGGAUGGGAUAUGAUAUUUAAAACACUAUUAUACACACGAAACAUCUAAACCAAAAGUUACUUAGAUAUUGUACAACUCGUUAUAUUAAGCAUAAUACUUCUCCUUUAUUUUAAUAUAUUACUAAGUUUUUUCAAUAGCAAUUAACAAUCAACCAAAAAUCAAAGAUUCUAAAAAAUAAGUUUUGGUAGAUAAUUUUUCUUUUUAAUAUUCUUGAUUUAUGUUUAAAAUUCGCAAAUACUUUAAUUAGGAUUACUCCUCUUAACAAGCUUAAUAUAAACGAUAUUCGUUUAUAACUAUCGUUGUACCUUUAGUUAGAAGUAAUAUGUCGUGUUGAUGGUAGUGGAGAUAUCAGUAUAAUUUAAUAAAACAAUAAUGUUAUUUUAACUUUUAUGCUUAGUUCAUUCUUAAACAUUUAGGAAUUUAAUGAAUAUUUUAAUUAAGAGAAUAAAAUUAUAUUGGGAUGGGUUCAAGCAAUUAUACUAUCCUAAGGCAUAAUUAUAGAAUUAAUUUUGA